AUGGUCCUGCUAUCCAACCACAGCCUGAUGCCAGCUCGCAGGAGACACUGCAAAGCAGGUGCAGGCACCCAGCAGGAACCUGGAGCAAGGCAGGCAGCUGACAAGUUCCUCUCCCCAGUGGUGGACAAGGGUAACUCCACCUUGCUCAGCCAGGCUUUUAUCCCCAGAUUCUUCCUCCUUCAGGGUGCCUUGCUGAUUUCUGCUGUUGUCAGCAUCCUGGACUUAGGAGUCGAUGCUGUCCGGCUCUUGAACCCCAAAUCAGACUUGCACAAAGCCUUGCUGCUUCAGAGUGCUUGUCGACGCUGCCAUUGCUGCUGCAUCACUGUCACCAACAAGAUGGACAGUGGAAGACCGGAAGUGGGGAACUCCUUCAACAACGCCUAUGGCAGAGGGGAGCCAUGGGAGUUGGGGCCUGAUCCAGGAAUGUCCUCCCACUCCACCACAAUGGACAUUACCACCAUUGACGGUGAGCUCUCAUCGCACAGCCCCACCACAAUGUACACUUCUAUCACUGCAGGGCCUUAUCCAGGGGUGACCCACGCCCUCACCACAACGGACAUUGCCAUCAUUGCAGGGCCUUAUCCAGGGGUGACCUCCGCCUCCACCACAAUGGACAUUAUCACCAUUGACGGUGAGCUCUCAUCGCACAGCCCCACCACAAUGUACACUUCUAUCACUGCAGUCGUGAUUGCUGUUGUGGUCAUCGUCCUAGUCUGCCUCCUCUUCGUCUUGCUGCACUACAUGUACCGGCACAAGGGCACGUACCACACCAAUGAGGCCAAGGGCACGGAGUUUGCUGAGAGUGCAGAUGCAGCCCUGCAGGGCGACCCUGCCCUCCAAGAUGCUGGUGACAAUAGCAGAAAGGAGUACUUUAUUUGAGGGACAACAGACUUCACUUCCCUGAAUGCCUCCUCCAGCUCCAUCGGGAAAAACAUACCCCAUCGCCCAGCAGCACCCCUACUGAUACCACCAGGCGGAAAGAGAGACAGCACUUGCUCCUUCCCGAGAUAGGCACCUGAAAACACUAGGUACCUGCCCAGGGAGGAACGGAGGAGGACUCGCGCUGCAAGAGGCCUCUCCCAGGGACCCAGGGAGGCGGUGGCCACCCCAGAGGUCACCUUUUGCUUCGCGGAGGUGGGAGAAAAUCUGGGCACACGGGGCCCCCUGGGUAGUGCAGGACGGUAUCAGCUCACUGGCAAGAAAGUCCUUGUUGAGGGAGAGGGGGUGCCGGGGUACCCGGGGGCUGGGGAAGCAAGGAAAUAAGUCAUCUGUGUGCUGACUGGGGAUAAUGGCAUCAAAUGUCAGUCCUUGACAUUUGGGGGGAACAGCAGGUGCCGGAGCUAAAAGGUACCUUUGUCUCCCAUUGAUCCAGCUCAAAACGAUUGGAAAUAAAUUUGAAAUGUAACCGAGCA